AGUGUCAAGGAAGACUUGUCGCUCAGCCAACUGAGAAAAAUGUGUGAUAUUUUGUUGACCAUGCAUUUGUUCCAUAAUGGACAACGCUGAAAAGUCUUUGUUGAUCCAUCUUACCUAUUAGUUGAAUACUGAAAACAGCACUACCAUUCUUCAUUCAUCCUCUCCCAUGGCUUCCAUGUCCAUUGUUUUCUUACUGUUGUUCACAUCCUUUAUAGGUGGGAGAGCUGUACCAAACCAAUCUAGCCAUAUAGCCUUGGGUUCUUCUCUUUCCCCCAUAAUUCAACCCACUUCAUGGCUUUCCCCUAGUCAAAAAUUUGCUUUUGGAUUUUAUAGGCAAGGCAGUGGCUUUGCUAUUGGAAUUUGGUUGGUCAGUGGAGACAAUACGACAGUAGUGUGGACUGCAAUUCGUGAUCAUCCACUAUUCGCCUCGAAUGCAAUGCUGGUUUUCACUGAAGAUGGUAAGCUUCUUUUGAGAACUGAGCGAGGACAAGAGAAGCUCAUUGCUAAUGCAACAGAUUCUGCCUCCCAUGCCUCCAUGCUGGACUCUGGAAAUUUUGUGCUUUAUGACAAGGAUUCCAAGAUCAUUUGGCAAAGUUUUUAUUUUCCUACCGAUACCAUUUUAGGAGGUCAGACUUUGUUCGCUGGAUAUCAACUAUUCUCUGGUUUAACUGAGAAUGACCACUCAACCGGACGGUUUCAUCUCAAGAUGCAGGAUGAUGGAAACCUUGUUUUAUACCCAGUAAACACUGGAGACACUCCAGGUGAUGCUUACUGGAACACACAGACAUUCGGGCAUGGUUCAAAGUUUCACCUUUAUCUCGAUAAUACAGGCAGUCUGUUUAUCGUCAACGGCACUACUCUAAACAUAGUUUAUGACUUGAAUAAGGACUCAUCUUCGGCGAGCAACCAGAAUAAUACAAUUUAUCGUGCAACUCUUGAUUUUGAUGGGGUUUUCCGGCUUUAUUCUCAUGUUUAUGAUGAAAGUGGCUACUUCAAAGUAUCAAAGUUAUGGUCAGCAUUGGACGAUCCAUGUCAUGUGAAAAGUGUCUGUGGUUUCAACAGCUUUUGUACAAUGAAUGACGACCAACCAUACUGUCUAUGCCUUCCUGGAACUGAUUUUGUAGAUGUGAAUCGUAUUUCUCUUGGCUGUGAGAGAAACUUUUCAGAAGCAGGGUGUAGAGUUGGGACAGAAAAUGCACCCUUUUAUGACAUCACGACCAUGGAGAAUUUAAUGUGGGGAGAUCGUCCUUAUGUUGUGUCACCAAUGUCAAUUGAAGAAUGCAGCCGUUCUUGUUUGGAAGACUGUGAUUGUGGGGCGGCACUCUUCAAGAGUGGUUCCUGUAUGAAACAAAAGCUUCCUCUGAGAUAUGUUAGAAGAGAUAUGAAAGAAGGGUAUACGGCUCUCUUGAAGGUGGGCAUGAGAAGCAUUAAAAGUGACAAUCCUAUUAUGGAGAAACCACCUGUGAUCGUGAUCACAAGCAAAAGAGCAAUAGUGCAAAUUUUUCUUGUGAGUUUAGGUUAUACUGUAUUGUCAUGUGUUGCUCUUACAGUCUCUGGCCUUUUCAUUUUCAAAAGUCGAGUUUUAUGGUACAAAAGGCUGUUAGAGAAUGGAAACUUUGGUCUGAACGGGGAGGUCACGUUGAGAUUGUUUUCAUAUAAUGAGCUCAAAAGAGCAACAAAUGGCUUCAAAGAACAAUUGGGUAAGGGAUCAUUUGGAGCAGUUUACAAAGGGGCACUCUACAAAGGUAAAAGACUUGUUGCAGUAAAGAGACUAGAGAAGUUAGUUGAAGAAGGAGAAGGGGAGUUCCGCGCAGAGAUGCGAGCAAUUGGGAGAACCCACCAUAGGAACUUAGUUCGUUUGCUUGGUUAUUGUGCCGAGGACUCUAAAAGGCUUCUGGUUUACGAAUACAUGAGCAAUGGCUCCCUUGCCGAUCAUCUUUUUAAAGCCCAAUCGUCUCCAAAUUGGAAUGAGAGAGUGAGAAUUGCACAAGAUAUUGCAAGAGGGAUCCUCUAUCUACAUGAGGAGUGCGAAGCCUCAAUUAUUCAUUGUGAUAUAAAGCCUCAAAACAUAUUAAUGGAUGAUUUUUGGACAGCUAAAAUCUCUGACUUUGGGCUGGCCAAAUUUUUAAUGGCAGAUCAAAGAAGGACCUAUAAAGGGGUCAGAGGGACGGGAGGGUACUUAGCACCAGAAUGGCAGAAGAACACGCCAAUAUCAGUCAAGGCAGAUGUUUACAGUUAUGGAAUAGUGCUUUUGGAAAUUGUAUGUUGUAGAAGAAACAUAGAGCUAGAUGUAUCAAACGAGGAAGAGGUUAUUCUUUCUACUUGGAUUUACAAAUGCUUUGUUGCUAGGGAGUUGCACAAGAUUUUGAGAGGGGAAGAAGCAGAUAAGACCAUGGUGGAAAAUAUGGUUAAGGUGGCACUCUGGUGUAUUCAGGAUGAACCAGCACUUCGUCCUACAAUGAAAAGUGUAGUCUUGAUGUUAGAAGGAAUUACUGAAGUAUCUAUUCCUCCAUGUUUAGCUACUAUUUCCGUGUAAACUUUUGCCUGCAAGAAAUAAUUUUUCUUCUUCCUUGUAGUUUCAUUUUAUUUUGUGGACUAUAGAUAUCCUUUACUAAUCAUCGUAGGGAACUCAUAGGUAGCCCUCUCAGUGGUAAACUCUUCUGAAGUAGAACUUGUUACUGCAGUAGAAGAUUAAGGGAUUUCGAUAAUCAUUGAUGAAAUUUAUGAUAUUAUAUAGUAUAAUGUGA